ACAAUGACGGAAGAAGUUUUUCUACAAAGUACCAGCUAAGUCAGCACUGGGAAUGUCCAUCAUUCUGCAGAAAGACUCAUCCCCCUGUUGAAGAAAAUGGAGGAGACAGUCAUUCCAGGAUGGAUAACGAAUGUCAGAACGCAGUGAUAGACAAGAAAACUCCCUGAAGCACAAUUAGACAGCAUGACUUCUUAUUCUACUUGCAACACAAUGAACAAUCUUGUUUGUAUUGAAGGUCAGGAUCAGAAAUGGAAAAUUCCCAGUUCAGUAGUAAAUGUAUCUGGAAAAACAGAUAGAAAACCUCUUUCUGUAGAUAUUAAAGCUGAUUUAGAUGAAAGUGAAAUAAAAGAACAUGAAAAAUUGAAGGAAGAAUCUGAUCUUAUAAGAUAUUGCAAUAUGGAAGAAAAAGGGAACGAAGUUAUAGACAUUGAUGAUGAAGACAUUGAUGAUGAUGAUAAUUAUAUUAUUGUCAGUUUUGACUCUAGUGGUGAGGAAGAUGGGGAGAGUAAUGUGAAAGAAGAAGAUACUUCUUCAAAAGGACCUGAGAGUCAACCAAAACCAGGCCUACCUUUGAUAAAUAGCAAUGAAAUGACUAAUGAGUUCAAUGAAUGGGAGUUAACUUCUUUUUCUAAAGUUUCCUCCUUAUAUGAUGCUAUUGAACCUGUAGAAAAUAUAAUGAAAAUAUCAGCUAAGUAUGAAUGCGAUGAAACAGAAGAAGCUAAAAAGUCUACUUUAAAUGAAGCUGAAGAAAUUUCAGGAGAAAGAAAAAGUGAUGAAGAUUUGAAAAAUAUGCAGCUUUCAUCAGAAAUGAAAAGAAAAGAAAGAGUUUGCUUGGAUGAUGCUCAGGCAGUAUAUGAUGAUCAUCAGCCUCUUGUUGCAAAACAUGCCCACAGCACAUCAUCACCAAAAAUAGAUGAAUUAUUGAAAAGAGGAAAUGAAACUACCAUCCAGACAUUAAUCAAUCAGUUAGGUUUAAAAGCUGAAAUGAAGACAAUUACAAACGAAGAUGGCAGUGAGAAGCUAGAAGUCCAUUUUGUUAUGGAUGAGAAUAUCAAUCUCAAGGAACUUGCUAUCCCUCUGGCUCCUACUUCUGCAUCUUCAACAAAAAUCUCCAGUAAUGAAGUUUCAAGUACAAUUUGUGAUGCUGUGGAAUAUUUGACAAAGAAAGAGAUAUCAGCUCAAACAGACAUAGCUCAGGAAAUUCAACAAACAAAGAAGAGUGAGAAUAGUUCAUCUCGGAGUACAGAGGUAGUUACAGAACAAAAUGUCAGAACUAUUGAAAAACCAGCAUGCUCUGAAGUUGAUACUCUCUCAUUUUCAACAUUUGUAGAAAAUAUAAGAAAUCUAGACCAAGAGGAGGAACACAGCAAAAGGGAAAAAUGUGAUGAAGUUACAGGUGCUGCCUCUUCAGAUGUGAUUUGUUUAUCAUCAGAUGAAGAGGAUGAACCUGCAAUCCAUUCAGCUACUAGGAUCAUUCCUCAAGAAAUCAUUGAAAUACCAGAUGAAGUAUCAACAGAAAUUAACCAACCACCAAAUGAAGUAAAGCUGAGAGCACUUGGAAAAAAGUCUGUCAGAGAUCAGGGAUCGCAGGAAACAACCAAUCUAAUCGACCAAACAGAUGUUAAUUCCAAAAAUUCUCCAUUACAACAAGUUUCUUUAAAUUUGAAAAGACGCAGUUUGCUAAAAAGUAAGAAAUCACAUGUCACUGUUCCAGUAUCAACAUUGAAGAAAGUAAACGAGUUCGUAGUAAGAGAACAAAAUAAAAUGUCAAAUUCAAAUAUAUAUAAUAUCAAAUAUAUAUAUUCAAAUAUAUAUAAUUCAAAAAUAGGAGAAAUACGUCCUCUCUCAGACAGUCAUGCAGCAACAGUGUCAGCUAUUGUAGGGAGUCGGCCAUCUUCACCAACACUCCAGUCUCACAUGUCAAGUCCACUGAAUGCCAUUAAUAGGGAUCCAAAGGAUAUCACAUAUACUUGUUACAUAUGUAGUAAAAAAUUUUUAACACCAGAGCUUAUUCAGCAGCAUCUUAGGAAAUUCCACUCAUAUUAUCCCAGGAAUACCUCCUCCGUUUUAUCAUCAGGUUUCUUCUGCUGCCAUUGUAAUGAAGUAUGUGUGUCUUUACAUGGGCUGUCAAUUCAUGAGAAAACUGUUCAUGGUUUCAAAUUCUCAUGCCCCCUAUGUGGAAUACUACAGAAAAAUGAUGAACUUCUCAUGAAUCACAUAUCUGACCAUCUCUCACCAUGGGUUCUGUGUUGUUUUCUGUGUAAACAAGAAUUCCAGCAGCAUUCAGUAUUUAUGGAACAUGUUGCUCUCCACCAUGAGAAUAAAAAGCUGAAUUUAGGAAAGCUGUUAAAAUGCUGUAUUUGUAACAAGAUUUUUGCCCAUUUAGAGACAUUUUGUGGUCAUCUUGAUCGUGAUCAUAAAAGACUUUUCAAAUAUUCUUGUCGAGUAUGCUGUCAACGAUUUUGUACACCAAGUGCGCUUAGGGUCCACAGAAGUUCUUCAAUUAACAUCCUUGAUGGUUCAAGAGUGAAAAUAGCAAAACAACUUUCAAUUGACCCGAGUUUGUUAGAGGUUAGAGUGGAUGAGGACGUCUUAUUGAGAGACGAUCAUCGCCGGUAUUUAUGUAAGCAAUUCCGCCCAUCAAAUGAUACAUCAUUUAAGGUUAAAGAAAUGAGACGAAAAUCAUUGGACAGUAAUUCAAACACUACUGUUACAAAUAAAAGAACUAUGUAUCAUUCAGAAGUAUCAACAACAGAAAAUAGAGGGGAUUCCGAAAAUAAAUGUUACAAUUUUAGUAACAGACAAUCAUCAGUCAAUUGGGGUACAGUGAAAGACAGAAUUUUGAAUGAUUUUCCAAAUUUAAAUAUUGCAAUGAACAGAGAAAACAAUUCCCUGAAACAACAGUCUGUCAAAAAAUGCCCAGAAAAGAAUGCAAAGUAUGGUCAAACUGAAAAAGGAAAGCUUAUUCCAAAUUGGAGGAUCCUUCAAUCAAACAAAGAAGUUUGUGUUGGCCUCAAACGGAAAUUGUCAAAGAAAAAUUCCUCUGCAGUUGCUGAAUCACGCAAGGGAGAUGAGGAUACCCUGACUCCACCCAAGCAGUUGAGGCUUGAUCCACAUCACCAUGUAAAGGCAGGAAUGAAUGGCUGCUCAGAGCAAGUUCAGGAGUCUGAUAACAAAAGCACUGAAGAUAACAAAAAAUCUGGUGCAUCUUAUGAAGAUAGCCAAGAAAGAAUCCCUAGUACUGUUUGUGAUCUUAUUGAUCUGGGAGUAAGGAAACACAAUAGAAAUUCUAACCAUACUAAAGUGGAGAAAAAUAUACUCCAUGAUACACCGCCAGUAAACAAAUCAAAAGCAGGUCAUAUUCCAAAAGAACUGGAAAAUUCGACAACUGGUACACAUGUGUUGUUCAAAAAGGUUCAAGAUGAAAGGUCAGCUGUGGUAGAAGAUGGUGAAAAGAACUCAGGGUGUAAUGACAUGGACAGUUCAAAAGAAAAUGCAGGUCCUCCGGGUAUGAAAGUUAAAGACAAAAUCGACAGUUUGGAAGAGAAAAAGGAACCAUCUGAUGGGCAAAAAUCUCAGAGUUUUAGUAUUUCUUGCAAUAAGAAAAGCAGUUGUGAAGCGCCAGACCAUUCUUUGCAAAAGACAAAAACUUCAGAUGAAAGAAAUGUGCAUGCGUUUUCAUCAAAGAAUAAAACUUUAUUUAAAUCAGUGGAUGUAGAAGAAGUUAUAUCUGAUUUGAUAAGCUUUUGUAAAAGACCCAACACCUCAACACAAGUUUCAUCAAAUGAUGAUGAACCCUCAAAGAUCAUGGCUCCCAUUACUUCUGAAAGUAAUGAGUGUAUUUCAUCAGAUAAUGAAAUCAGUUCUGCUGAUUCUAAAAACCAUGAAGAAAUAGCCAAAACAACUCAGGCAGAAGUCCAAUCCAGAAAAAAAUCAGCAACAUCUGCCAUCUCAAAAGUACUUACUUCUCAAAAGUAUGUUUACAACGAAAGUGAUCUUGACAAUGCAGUAAAACGAUUGAGCUCAGUUGUUAAAACUAUUUCAAAACGAAAACUCAUUGAAUAUGGUCCAGCAGAUCCUAGUGAAGAGCAGACAAAAGAAAAGCAUAAACAUCUGAAAAUGAUACCAAUAAAAGAUCUGCUACAAAAUCAGAACAUGCAUGUUUCUAAAAAUUGACAGUUAUUAACGGACAUUGAUCAACUUGGGUCUUCUGAGAUUCUUAAAAAUACUACCUUGUGUAGUAAAGAAUAAUUAGAACUAAAACAAACAUUUUCUUUCCUAAAAUUAGGUAUUCUAAAACAUUGCUCAAGUUUGUAACAUCCAGUGAAGGUUACAUGAACUUUGUAAUGUAAAAAGACAUGCAGAAUUACAAUAUCUCUCAUUCAAUGGAUAUUUAAGUAGAUAUUUUGUAAAGGAGAAUAUGUUACUGUUAAUUUAGAAAUAUGACAUGUAUAAAAAGAAUAAUAAAAGUGAAGUACUUAGUUUUGAAAUCAGUUGCAUUUAAUACAUUCCGUAUGUUUUUAUGAAAAAUCUUACUUUUAAUUUUACAGUACAAUAUCAUUAUUAUAAAAUGUGAAAUAUUUUUGUUUGGUUGUUGAGUUUUGUAUUUACAUAUAGAUGCAUUUGUGUAUCAGUGAUAUUACAUUAUGUUAUUAAUGGAAUAA